AUGGCGAUGCUACCAUCACCAUGUAUCUUGAACCCUGCAACAACAAGUGAUUUUCUCUGUCCCAAUUCAUGUUUACAAUUUUAUCCCUCCAAGCCCACCUGCAAACCUCGUCUCCAUUCUUCAGUUAUCACCUUAUCUUACAAGCCCAUGAAAGGGGCUGUCGAGAACGAUAAGCAGAGAGAGAUUCUUGAGCAGUACGGUCUCAAUCCCGACGAGUUCUUAUCUGAACCCUCAUCAAAGACAAAAAGAAGAAAGGAGCAGGGGAAUAAAGGAACGAGAAGCCGAACACCUCCAGAAAAGCCUCAGCCUGAGAGGGAGACUCACAAAUUAAUGCAGGUUCUUGGAGGGACCGCUCGGAGGAAAAAAUUGCUCUCACCAAAGGGCUUGGAUGUGCGGCCGAUGAUGCAAGUUGUAAAGGGAGCAGCUUUUUCGAUUUUGCAGUCAGCUGGUGGUUCUCCUCAGUUUCUGAGGCCGGGACGCUGGUUAGAUUUGUAUAGUGGUACAGGCUCUGUUGGCAUUGAAGCUAUCAGUAGAGGAUGCUCUGUGGCGCACUUUGUUGAGAUGGAUCCUUGGGUUGUCUCGGAAGUGCUUCGGCCAAAUUUGGAGUCUACUGGUUUUCUUGAUGUAUCAGUUAUACACACUGCCCGUGUCGAGACCUUCUUGGAAAAUUCAGAACGGUUUGCAGGUAAAGAUUGUGCAUUUGAUUAUAUAAGUAUAACUCCUCCAUAUAUGCUCGUGGACUAUGCUGUGCUCAUGGAACAAAUUACGAAAUCUUCUGUUGUUGGGGAGGAUACCUUUAUUGUUAUUGAAUAUCCUUUGAAAACCGACUUGUUGGAAUCAUAUGCGGGCUUGGUAAAGAUAGCCGAUAGGCGGUUUGGGAGGACGAAUUUAGCAAUAUAUGGACCAAAGUGGGCACAAAAGAAGAAUCUAUUUUGGCCGUGCAAAAUCACCUUGUUUUUCCAGAUCGAGCAAUGGCACUCGAAUUUGACAAAUGGAGUACCAAACAUGAAUUUGAUCAAUUACAGUUCAAUCUUCAACGGCUAG